AUCUUGUCUAUGACGAGCAGUUCGGUGUAAGACCGAGAACGUUGCGGUGCACGUGUUUUACUCCCUGGCAGUGAAAUUUAGAUCACAGAAAAAUGAGAUCGCGUUGUUUAUUUGCGUGUGAAUUGUAGGUGUGACCGUCGUUGUUGUGUUUUUAGUGUGGCGAAUUGAAGACAAUACCAGGAUUUAAGUUCCUAAAUGUGUUGAAGACACCGUACAAUAAAUUCGACAAAUAUGAAUCCCAGCUACCAGCAGUACCGCAACGCCUACCCGGAAUUACCGUUCAUGGGAGCGCCAUGCGCGUCGAACGGCUAUGGUUGGCACGGCAACGGUUACGGAUGGCAGCUCGACCCGCUCAAAUGGACGUGCCCGAGUGGGGACACCGAGAGCAACGAGGUCGUCUCGGAGCCCAUCCUCAGCUCACAGAAGGUCGAGGGCUCCCACGCUUGGUUUGGAUCAGGUCGCUCGGUAAGUCAGCGUGAUGUACUGGGAUCACUAACAUUUUCAUUGAUCAUGUCCAUCUUCGCUCACUAAACUUUUUCGCCCAGUGCGUGCCGAACCUAUAAGACAUGAUACAGAUCAGCGAAUAUACAGGCUGUUCCACGCAAACCUCUACCUAGAAGAAAUUUGCAAACCAACAUAGUUUUUCAUGAUCAAUCGAGAGAAGAUAUCAUCACCUUGGGUUUUACAGGAUGUGGAUAGCAACUUUCAAAUUUUAAAUAGAACACCCUGUAUAAUUUUAAGAUAAACAUUGUCGUGUUCGAGGACUUUUUCCAAAAACUAAGAGGUUUAUUGAUAGGUCCAGACUUUACACUCGCACUGUAUAACAGUUCGUACAUAAUCCAAUUUGUUGCUAAUUCACGCCAUACAUUUGGAAAAUUUGCAAGUGCAUUUUUUGGUAUAAUUAAAGAACCCGACAAAUCCUUUAUGUCCGUUUGUCCGUCGGAAAGCCGUUCAACGGAAGUUCCUGGCGAAUUGAGAUUUGCUGUUUCGGUUCCUCUUGGUUCUAAGGGAAACUCUUUUGAACAUAGUUAUUGCAAAUAAAUGACUGAUUCAU